AUGCAGUGUCGUGUUUCUGUAACAGUCCUGAGGUAUGAUAAUCACAGGGAGGCUCUGCUGAAAGGAGGAGUUGAUGGAGAGUACCAAGAUGAUAGUUUAGAUCUGCUGCGCUAUUUCACUGUUAGCUGUUACUCUGGAUACGGAGAUGAUGAAAAGGGAUUCUUUACAGUCUAUCGACAAGUUUUUGAAAAGAUUGCAAAAGAAGAGAUGGAGUAUAUGACCCAGGAAGAUACUGAGGAAUUCCCUAUGUUUGGAUAUUCCCAAAGUGACUAUGAUACGGUAGUCCACCCUUUCUAUGCAUAUUGGCAGAGUUUCUGUACUCAGAAAAACUUUGCUUGGAAAGAAGAAUAUGACACACGACAAGCCUCAAACCGCUGGGAGAAACGAGCUAUGGAAAAAGAGAACAAGAAAACGAGAGAUAAAGCAAGGAAAGAGAGGAAUGAACUGGUCCGCCAGCUAGUCGCCUUUAUUCGUAAAAGGGAUAAAAGAGUACAGGCUCACAGAAAACUCGUAGAAGAACAAAAUGCAGAAAAAACUAGGAAAGCGGAGGAAUUUCGGAGGCAGCAGAAGCUCAAACAAGCCAAGCUUGCUGAGCAGUAUAAAGAGCAGAGCUGGAUAACUAUGUCAGAUCUUGAGAGAGAGUUGCAAGAGAUGGAGGCACAAUAUGAAAAGGAAUUUGGAGAUGGAUCAGAUGGUGAUGAAUUAGAAGAACAGGAGACAAAAGGCGUUGAAGACAAACUGAAUGAUGAGACUGAAGAAGCUGAAUUUGUUGAUGGUCUGUACUGCCCUGCUUGUGACAAAUUGUUAAAAACUGAGAAAGCCAUGAAAAAUCAUGAAAAAUCAAAGAAGCAUCGAGAGAUGGUAGCACUGUUACGACAGCAACUGGAAGAAGAAGAAGGGAAGUUUCCUGUGUCUUUGGAUGAUGCAAACGGAAUACAUACCAAAGAGGAGGAAGAAACAGAAGACAUGCCCAAGCAGAAACUCUCAAAGAAGCAGAGGAAGAAACAGAAAACAAUGAUGACUUAUGAGGACUCUUUUGAUAAAAGUGCUGAUGAAGAGACAGUUGAACAAAAGGAGGUGCCCUGCGUGGACAAGGACAGUGGCUCAGCAGAGGAGUUGGUAAAUGAUGGCCAAAGACAUGCUGUGUCAGAGGACGCAAGCGCUACAGAAGAUGUCAGCCAAGUCAAUGAAGCAAAAACUGAAGCGAAAAGCAGUACUAAGCCUAAAGGGAAAAAAGCCAAGGAUGCAAAAAAACCUGCGAAGGCAUCGUCAGAGCAGCCAACAACGAAUGAAGUUCCCAUCCAUUGUGUAACCUGCAACUGUGCAUUUCCAUCCCGAAAUAAACUGUUUGAGCAUCUAAAAGCCACAGGACAUGCAAAAGCAACACAAGCACCAGCUGUAAAUGGAGGUGUAAACACCAGAAACAAAAAAGAGAAACGUAAGAACAGAUAG